AUAUGUGCUCUUCAUUCGGUCACAAUAUAAUGGUUUAUGCGGAUCCAGACUCCUGGUCUACAUGGUAUAUGAUUGCCCGUGAUGAUAAAGAAAAAAUGAGUGCUCUAGUACAGGCUUUGGGUCAGGAUGUCGAUCUUGAAAAUUAUUACGUACCACUUGACAUCUUAGAAAAGGCGGAUUUUACUGUGUACCACACUAAACAACAAGUUGGCGACUUUGUUAUGGUGCCGUCUGAAUGUUGUCAUGAAGUUAUCAAUGUGGGCUCUUGUACGAUAAAAGUCUCAUGGAAUAGGAUAACUCCAUAUUCUGCAUAUCUGGGUGUUACGGGUGCUGUACCUAGCUACCAGAGGGUAUUACGUCCUGAGACAUAUCAAUUGAAGCGACUUGUCUUCGAGAGUUUAAGUAAAUGGACUGAGGCGAUAUCCAAGAAUUUACGUUCAUCAGCUGAUAAUUCGUCACCCAGCUUUGAUUUCGUCACUCGAAUUGAAAAUGCACCUGGUAGAGAUCUUCGGACUGAGUACAAAUUUUUAAUGACCGCGUACAAAUACAUUUUAGAACAAGAAUGGGUUUCCAAUGAUUAUUGGAAUGAUGGUGUUCAUUUUCCAUUGACUCCAGACAACAAAUCACACAUGUCAUGCGAUUUUUGUCAUUGUGAUUUGUGGAAUCGUCACGUUCAUUGUUAUGAUUGUAUUACAGAAGCUGGCGUUAAUUACGACAUAUGUCUUAAUUGUUAUGCAAAUGGUCGCGCAUGUUCUCAUUUGAUGCAAAUUCGUAAAGGUCGAAAAAUGAAACGACUUCGUGAUGUUUAUACUCAUGCAAAGGAUACCUUUGAAAGAAAAUUUGGAAAAGACGAUGAAUUAGUUGAUCUUAACGAUUUAACGAAUGAUUCAGAAGCCACUUUGGCAUACAUUCGUUGGAAAACAGCUGACAGUGGUGAAGAUAUGGGGUCUUACGAUUUAAAGUCCAAAUUACCAAAGAAGGUCUACAUGCAACCAUACUGGCCACAAGCUCGUCGCAGUGAUGAAGAAUCUGCAAAAAAGAAGUUGGAAAAACCCAGAAAGAAGAGGAGCCGCAAAUCUAAGGCCACACAAGUUAAUUCAGACAGUCAAACUGCUAUGACUGAUGUCAAUGUUAAACCUCUACAUGACAGUGACUUAUCUAACUACGAAUCCGAUAGUCUCCCUACAAAGGUUCAUACAGAGAAGAAGAAAUUCCGCCAAGAAUCUUUGAAGUCUGCUAAUAGUUCUAAAAAUAGUGUUGAAAAGAUUGCUUCAACUAGAAAAAGGAAAUCUCAUAAAGUGACUGACAAAUCUCUGGAAGAUUACGAAACUGAAAGUUCCCCUGCUAAAAAGAAACCGCAUCGAAGAGUUAAUCAAUCUUCAAAAGCAGACAGCAGUUCCACUAAAUCCGUUUCCAAAAAGAAAGAUUUGCAGGAAUAUGAACAAUCUUUGAAAGGUGAUGAAUCAGUUGUUGUUUCUACUAACGGUAACAAACGAUCGCGGAAUAGCAAAAAACAUAAACCCGUUCUAAAUAAACGAAAUCGAAUGACGGAUGAAG